AUGAAGCUCGCUGCUAUGGCUCUGGCGUGCCUGUUGCUGGUUACGGUGUGGCCACAAGAUGUGGACAGCAUGAGCUUGCACGUGUCCUCCUCCCGCUGCUGCCACUCUUUUGUGAAGAAAAAGAUCUCCCUGCAGAGAAUCCGGUGUUACGAAGACAUCAGCUCCACCUGCCCUUACAAAGGCGUGAUAUUCCGGCUGAAGGGAGGCAAUGAAACCUGUGCCUUGCAUAUGCUUGGAUGGGUUCAAGGUUACUUGAAAAAGAUGAAGCCCUGCUCACUGAAGGGAAAGUGA